AGCAUAAUAUUUGGGGUACCAUGAUUGAUUUGGUCGAGUGCAAGGAAGUGUUCAACGAGUUUCUUAGAAACUUUAAGAAGGAAGACAGAAAAAUUAAAGAUGGAUUACCUGUAUUGGAUCGAGACAGAGAAAUAUUUUAUGAGAGAUAUUUGAAUAAGAUUUAUGAAAACGAAGAAGUCCGAGUGAAUCUCGAUGUGCAAAAUUUACUUGCAUAUCAGAAAACUGUAAAACUGUACCAUCAGUUAUUAAAAUAUCCUCAUGAAAUAAUCCCUUUGAUGGAUAAUGCAAUAUUGGAAUAUUAUAAAGAACUCCAUGGACCUAAUACGGCCACGCAGGAAUUAAGGAUAAGACCUUUCAAUUUGUGUAAUUCGGUUAAUAUGCGUGAUUUAAAUCCUUCUGAUAUCGAUCAGCUCGUAUCUAUCAAAGGGCUGUUAAUAAGAGCAUCACCACUUAUUCCGGACAUGAAAAUUGGAUUCUUUCGUUGCUCUGUUUGUGGGAAUCCAGUGGAACGUGUGGUUGAACGUGGUAAAAUAGAUGAACCAGAUCGAUGCCCCCGCCCGCAAUGUAAUUCAAAAAAUGUAAUGGAUCUCAUUCACAAUCGAUGCACAUUUAGUGAUAGACAAGUUUGCCGUCUACAAGAAACGCCUGAUUCUAUCCCCGAUGGUCAAACACCUCACUCUGUCACAUUAUAUUUGUUUGAUGACUUAGUGGAUGUUGCACGCCCCGGUGACAGGCUUGAAAUUACGGGUAUCUUUCGGUCUGUUCCGAUUCGUGUAAACACACGACAACGUACCAUGAAAUCUUUAUUCAAAACAUUCAUUGACGUUUUACACGUGCGUAAAACGGAUAAUAAGCGCUUGGCUGUUGAUAGCAUUGUCAAUGAAACUAGUGAAAAAGAAAAUAACAAAGGCAAAAAUAAAGAGGAUGACGAAAUUUUUUAUGCUUCGAAUAAAUUACCAAAAUAUGACGAAUUAGAUGAAAUUCCCGAUCAUUCUGAAGGUGAAAGGAUUGAGCGUUAUGUUGAGAUAUCGCAAUUGCCAAAUUUAUAUGAGAUAUUGUCUAACUCAUUAGCCCCAAGUAUUUACGAAUUAGAUGAU